AAGCAGACAAAAACCCAAUAAGUGCCUUAUUUUUGUUUGUCAAGGAACGAAUCUGUGGUUACGUAUGAAAGAGAGAAGUGAGAGGAGGGGAUCUCACGUUUUGAAGAGACCCUAAAUCGAUGGAUUUCGUAUGAUUUUGGAAAGCAAGAGGGAUUGACAGCAGGGCAAAUUAGUUGAAAUUACUUCGAUUUCUUUUAGAAGAAGCAGAGACAACAAGAAUGGCUUUUUUCAAGAUUGGAUUGCUAUCUUGGUUUCAGAAGAAGAUCGUCGAUCCCCUUUACCAAAUCCUCCGGAGGGGUGCAGAACCAAAGCAAUUGGCGUUCUCUGCUGCUCUUGGUAUCACCUUGGGUUUGUUUCCAAUAUGUGGGGUCACCGUGUUCUUGUGUGGCAUCGCCAUUGCGGUGCUGGGAUCCCUUUGCCAUGCGCCAAGUGUGAUGCUUGCCAACUUUAUUGCAACUCCAAUGGAGUUAAGUUUGGUGGUACCCUUCCUUCGCUUUGGUGAAGCCAUCUCUGGCGGACCCCAUUUUCCAUUGACAUCUGACGCUCUGAAGAAGGUUUUGACUGGUGAAGCUUCACGUGAAGUUAUGUUAAGUAUUGCCCAUGCGUUGUUGGGAUGGUUAGUGGCAGCACCUUUUAUUUUGGCUGCACUGUACUUGGUAUCCUUGCCUUGUUUCAAGAUCUUGGUUCGCAAAUUCAGCACUAUUCCAUCAAGCCCGAAGAAAUCAGCGCUGCACCCGGAAGUUCGGCUCAAGGUCAGGGAUGUUUGAUUAGAAGUGUUAUUAGGGCAAUGUGAUUGCUUGUCCCUUUACAAAAGGAACAAUGAUUAUCACAAUAAGAUGGUUUGUACAUAGACUAUUACAACUUGCCGUAUGUAAAAAUGCCGGGUCUUCUCAGCUCGUUGUAGUUGAUUUGUUGCUAAGUUUCCGAUUAGAAAUCAAAAUCGGAAUUAUUACUGGUUGACAACAAAAAAUCAGAGUGUUGCAAGGUCCUUACAUUGAAUGUAAUUUUUUGCUUACUGAAACUCGACCUUUAUUGAUGAAUCUUUGUUGACCUCA